AUGCUGCCGAGGUCUAUAUGUGCCGCUUCCUCGGAUUGCAUUCUGCGCUUGUCAAUCACUACUAACCAGUUGGAAAACGACAGAUCAUCUUACGAUUUUCAAAAUCCGGGGAAGAACAAAAGCUAUAACCUGGGCCCAGCAUCUUGCAUAACCGGGUUUCAUCAAGUCUCUAUUGCAUUUGCUGCUUUGCAUCUUGUAGAAAGUGCAAUGUUUCUUCUCGGAUCCUUCGGUAUCGUUCUCGCUGCGCUUCCACUGGCAACAUGCGCAUCCCAGUCCUUUGAUUAUAUCAUUGUUGGAGGCGGCCCGGCUGGACUCCUCCUUGCCAAUAAGCUCUCAGCGAACCCAGACAUCGCCGUCGCCGUUGUCGAAGCAGGAGACGAGCAAUUCGACAAUCCAAAUGUAACAGACACAAGCACUUAUAGUCCAGGCCUUGGAACGUACAUAGACUGGACCUAUACGAGUGCGCCUCAGAAGUACGUGUCCAAUCGCACUUUUGUGUUCAACGGUGGCAAAAUGCUAGGCGGGACUACCGGGAUCAAUGGAAUGACCUAUGUACGUGCGGAAAAGGACCAAAUCGAUGCCUGGGAAGAUUUUGGGAACGAAGGCUGGGGUUGGGACUCGCUAUUCCCAUAUUACAUCUCUUCCGAACACUUCCAACCGCCCGAUGAAGAAAAAGCAGAGAAUGGCGCGACGUUCGACGAGCAGCUUCACGGGUUUGAAGGCAAGGUUUCUGUAGGGUGGAGUAAGUAUUUCAUGAAAGACGGAGCGUUCGCUAUGUUGAAGGAUACAAGUGAGAAUUUGGGGAUUGGAUGGAACAAAGACGUCAAUGGUGGAAACAUGCGAGGCAUCACCACUUGGCCCUUCACACUGAAUUCGACAACAAAUAUACGCCAGGAUGCGGCAAGAGCUUACUACUACCCUAUAGCGAAGGAGAGACCAAAUCUCCACGUCUUUCUCAACACUGCUGCCACCCGCAUCUUGUGGGCCAACAGUACAAGUACCCAGGAUCCGCUUGUAGCAAGUGGUGUCGAGGUUUUACCAGCUUCCACCAACACGACGGGAACCCUCCACGCAACUGGCGAAGUCAUACUAUCAGCAGGCUCCCUCCGUUCUCCGGCCAUUCUCGAGCUCUCUGGAAUCGGAAAUCCUUCCGUGCUCUCGACCUUGAGCAUCCCUACUACACUCGACCUCCCCAGCGUUGGUGCAAACCUCCAAGAUCAACCUAACAUGCCAAUCAUCUACGCCAGCACUAGAAACUGGACUGGUUACCCCAGUUUCGCCAGCUUUCUCACAGCCUCGGAUCUAUUUGGCACCUCUCUUACAGAUAUAACUGAAGAAAUUCGCGCAAAUCUCACUUCAUACGCUUCCCUCAUCGUGGGAGACGCACCAUCCAACGAAACAACCAUGGAAAUCGAGACUCGUCUCCUCGAGCACCAACUCGAUCUCAUCUUCCAUCCCAACAGCACUGUUCCUCUAGCAGAACUUCUCUGGGCACCUACGGGAUCUGCAAUUGCAUGCGUGUUCUGGAAUCUCCUUCCCUUCUCGCGGGGAAAUGUACAUAUUCGUUCUACGAAUCCACUCGAACCACCUAACAUCAACCCGAAUUUCCUCCAACUGCCCAUCGACACGAUUAUGCAAGUGGCUAUAGCUGUGAAAGUGCGCGAGCAUUUCGCUACGCCUCCGCUAUCCAACUUCGUCACCACGGAAUUGUCGCCUGGCCCAUCAGUUGUACCCGCUGAUGCUGGAUGGAGGGAUGAGGCAUGGGGCGCUUGGAUUCGACAAGUGUAUAAUCCGAAUAAUCAUCCUGUCAGUACUACUGCCAUGCGGAGCCGUGAGUUUGGAGGCGUGGUCGAUUCUGAGGGGAUGGUGUAUGGGGUUGAAAAUGUUAGGGUUGUUGACGCUGGUUCCCUACCUGCGCAGACGAGUGGGCAUUUGACGUCGAGUGUUUAUGCGUUUGCAGGGAAGAUUGCGGACACGAUUUUGAAUGGGCAGCGUUAUAGGAAGAUUCAAAGAGAUUUGUGA